UAUGAGACCAACAGCAUGGACUUCAGAGUCGGGGCGGACGGGACAGUCUUUGCCACCCGGGAGCUGUGGGUCCCUUCCGAGGAGGUGGCCUUCACUGUGACCGCGUGGGACCGCCAGACCGCCGAGCGAUGGGACGCCGUGGUGCGGCUGCUGGUAGCCCAGACCUCGUCCACGCUCUCCAGACACAAGAUGCCGCAGAAGGGAAAGAAGACUGUGGCCCUGGACCCCUCCCAGCCUCCGAGCGACACGCUGCUGCUGUGGCCCCAGCACCUGCACUCCAGUGGGCUGCGGAGACAGAAGCGGGACUGGGUCAUCCCACCCAUCAACGUGCCAGAGAACUCACGCGGGCCCUUCCCACAGCAGCUCGUGCGGAUCCGGUCCGACAAAGACAAUGACAUCCCCAUCCGGUACAGCAUCACGGGCGUGGGUGCCGACCAGCCGCCCAUGGAGGUCUUCAGCAUCGACUCCAUGUCGGGCCGCAUGUACGUCACCCGGCCCAUGGACCGGGAGGAGCGGGCCUCCUACCACCUCCGAGCCCACGCCGUGGACAUGAACGGCAACAAGGUGGAGAACCCCAUCGACCUGUACAUUUACGUCAUCGACAUGAACGACAACCGGCCUGAGUUCCUCAACCAGGUGUACAACGGCUCCGUGGACGAGGGCUCCAAGCCGGGCACCUACGUGAUGACAGUCACGGCCAAUGAUGCUGAUGACGGCACCACGGCCAAUGGGAUGGUGCGGUACCGGAUCCUCACGCAGACCCCGCAGAGCCCGUCCCAGAACAUGUUCACUAUCAACAGUGAGACAGGGGACAUCGUGACGGUGGCGGCCGGCCUGGACCGAGAGAAAGUCCAGCAGUACACAGUCAUCGUUCAGGCCACAGACAUGGAGGGGAACCUCAACUAUGGCCUCUCGAACACAGCCACAGCCAUCAUCAUGGUGACGGACGUGAAUGACAACCCACCAGAAUUCACCUCUAGCACAUACGCAGGGGAAGUUCCCGAAAACCGGGUGGAGACGGUAGUCGCAAACCUCACCGUGACGGACCGAGACCAGCCCCACUCACCCAACUGGAACGCCAUCUACCGCAUCAUCAGCGGAGAUCCCUCGGGGCACUUCACCAUCCGCACGAACCCCGUCACCAAUGAGGGCAUGGUCACCGUGGUGAAGGCCGUGGACUACGAGCUGAACAGAGCGUUCAUGCUGACCGUGAUGGUGGCCAACCAGGCGCCCUUGGCCAGCGGGAUCCAGAUGUCCUUCCAGUCCACGGCGGGGGUCACCAUCUCGGUUACAGACGUCAACGAGGCCCCCUACUUCCCCUCCAAUCACAAGCUCAUCCGCCUGGAAGAGGGUGUGCCCCCCGGCACUGUGCUCACCAUGUUCUCAGCAGUGGACCCCGACCGCUUCAUGCAGCAGGCUGUGCGAUACUCAAAGCUGUCAGACCCUGCGAGCUGGCUGCACAUGAACGCCACCAACGGGCAGGUCACCACAGCGGCUGUCCUGGACCGCGAGUCCCUCUACACCAAAAAUAACGUCUACGAGGCCACCUUCCUGGCAGCUGACAACGGGAUUCCCCCAGCCAGUGGCACUGGGACUCUCCAGGUUUAUCUCAUCGACAUCAACGACAAUGCCCCCGAGCUGCUCCCCAAGGAGGCACAGAUCUGCGAGAAGCCCAACCUGAACGCCAUCAACAUCACUGCGGCCGACGCUGACAUCGACCCCAACAUCGGCCCCUAUGUCUUCGAGCUGCCCUUUGUCCCGGCUGCCGCGCGGAAGAACUGGACCAUCACCCGCUUAAACGGUGACUACGCGCAGCUCAGCCUCCGCAGCCUGUACUUGGAGGCCGGGGUGUACGACGUGCCCGUCAUCGUCACAGACUCCGGGAACCCGCCGCUGUCCAACACGUCCAUCAUCAAAGUCAAGGUGUGCCCGUGUGAUGAGAAUGGCGACUGCACCUCCAUGGGCGCGGUGGCCGCGGCCGGCCUGGGCACCGGGGCCAUCGUGGCCAUCCUCAUCUGCGUCGCCAUGCUGCUGACCAUGGUCCUGCUCUUCGCCGUGUGGGUGAAGCGGCGGGAGAGGGAGCGCCAUACGAAGCAGCUGCUCAUCGAUCCCGAGGACGACGUGCGGGACAACAUCCUCAAGUACGACGAGGAAGGCGGCGGGGAGGAGGACCAGGACUACGACCUCAGCCAGCUGCAGCAGCCAGAGGCCGUGGAGCACGUGCUGAGCAAGGCAGCUGGGGUGCGGCGGGUGGACGAGCGGCCCGUGGGCGCCGAGCCCCAGUAUCCAGUCCGGCCUGCGGUGCCCCACCCGGGGGACAUCGGAGACUUCAUCAAUGAGGGACUUCGAGCAGCCGACAAUGACCCCACAGCGCCCCCCUACGACUCCCUGCUGGUCUUUGACUACGAAGGCAGUGGCUCCACCGCGGGCUCCGUCAGCUCCCUGAACUCAUCCAGCUCCGGGGACCAAGACUACGAUUACCUGAACGACUGGGGGCCCCGGUUCAAGAAGCUGGCAGACAUGUACGGAGGCGGUGAGGACUGACCACCCUCUGCCGGGACCAAAGUGGGACCAGUGCUCGGACGGACAGACAGAUGCCGGAGGAGCAGGACUGGGGAAGGCCGCUGGUCCUCCCGACUCCCUGCAGACACGUCAUUUAGUGGUGUGCUGGGGGCCCCCCCGCCCCAGCCCCCCCAACAUUGAACUGUCUGGCAUGAACACUUCUCGCCCCGCCGCCCGUCAUGGUAGCCGACUUGUCACUAAGGGACAGCGAGAGGCACUGUCUUAACUUGAAUUUCUUAGAACAGAAGCACUGUUUUAAAAAAAUGAAAGUGCCUUUUGGUACAUGUAUCAGUUUCCCUCAAACUCAGGAGUGACUAACGCAGACAGACCAAGUCCCCCAAUCCUGUCCCCAGCGCCCCACCCCAGCUCGUCCUAGCUCCAAAGGCACCAAUUUAGGAAUCGGGGAGAAUGUGUGUCUUUUUUUAUUUUAUUUUUUGGCCUUUUAUUAAGAAAAAUAGUGGGUGACUCGCUUGAGAAAAUUUACCAAAAAAAAUAGUUUGGGGUCCUAAUCCCAACAGCCCUUCUGGGUCCUCACGAUUUGCCGCCCACAGUGGGGGUCUCCUGGGCCCUCUGGGGUUCCCCGAGGCUGGCAGGAAGUGGGAGGCCCAGCCUCUCUGUUUCCCUGGCCAGCCAAGCCUGUGAACAAAACUGCCUUGUGGGUCUGGCUUUCACUGAGUUUGUGGCUGCCCCCCACAGAUGCUCAAAUAGCUGGGGGGGGGUUCCCAGGAGCCAUCUCUGUCCUUGGAUGUCCCCUGGGUUCUCCUACUCAACAAUUAGGCUCCCCCAGGGCCACUGUCACCCCAAACACCAACCAUGUCCCCGCUGCCUUUGGUCCAGAUGAGUAUGGUGUCCCAAGAAGCCACAGCCCAAACCAGUCAGUGUCCCACCAAAUCCUGGCCUGAGCCCUAAUCCCCUCCAGACCGGACCUUGUCACAGGCCCAGUGAGCCUGCGUCAGCACAGCCCUGCUCCCAAUGCAGCCAGCUGCCCGGGGCUGUGCAGACGCCAAGGCCGACUCAGCCUCUGUCCCUGCCCCAUGCUGCUGACCAGAGCUCUCCGGUGCUGUGACCUGAUGCGGACAGCAACGAUCUGCUCAGAGUGUCCUGAGAGCCUGGUCCUUGCUGUCCGCCCGCCCACAGGUGUGUCUGGGUGACGUCUGCUGGAGACAGCAGCCCACUCCUUCCUCUGGAGCAGCCCACAGAGCAGCUGCUGGAGGGUUAGUGGCUCAGAUGCCCAGAGCUGGAACUGCCCUGUGGAUGCCAGUCUGACUCAAUCCAGAGGUCGGGGGUCGGUUCUGCAGGACAGACAGCAACAGGGGCUGUGUCCCAAGGAUCCCCUAGGGAAACCCCUGCUGUGAUUGUGUCCUGGGGGGUAAGAAACAGCACCUGGGGCAAUCCUGGGUGUGAAGGUGCCUCCGGCCUACUGGAGCCAGGCACACUCAAGGGGGAAUCUCAGGCUCCCUGAGGAAGGGUGAAGGGUGCCACUGGCCUGGGCAGAACUUGGCAUCAGAGCCCCCUGGGGAGUCCCAGCUGACCAAGGACAAGAAAGCUGGUCUGCUCCUGGGGACAGGAAGGGGUCUGGGGAGGUUGGGAGGCAGCAAGGCAGGUGCUCCCCUUUCUCCAUCGGGGGUCCUUGAGCUGCUCCUCCUUUGGCCUGUCCCCGUUCAUGGUCACCCUCUUUUCUAAACAGCUUUGGCCUUGAAGGUGAACUUGAGUGCUCAUGGGUGUGCAAUGCCCAUGGGCAUGUCCCCAUUGGACAUCAGGGUUCUUCCCCAACCGAAACUCAUCACCAGCCCCAUCCAUUCUCCCAGAGCUGAGCCGGGCCACAGCUGCGGCAUGUCCUGUGGUGGGCUCUGCCUACCCUGA